AUGGAAGCUGCAUCUGAUAAUCCAGAUCAAAUACUGGAACAGAUCUGGCACCACAACCUCAGCUUAGGAGAGACUCUUCUCAAAAGUGACUGUCAAGACAAUGAGAAGAUAGUGGAGUAUCUUCCAAAACUGACUCCUCUCCUUCUAGAACUCAUGAAAGCCCUCAGCCAGCAACUAGGACACACUACUAAGAUUCUUCAAGAUACUUACGAGCUGCUAAAUAUGCUUUGUGACAAAGGUUGGCAUCAGAUAUCAAGGCAAGAGGGGAGCAACCUUGCAGAUUGGCUUCAGAAAUUAAAUAAACUCGUAUUACAUGUCAUCAAAUACCUUGGAGAGUCACAAAACAAGCUGCUUGAAAUGAGCUGCAGAAAAUCAGGCAAAGUUCAACAUGUCCCAUGUAUUCCUCAGAAGUCUGUCUGUGAUGCUGACAAAGAGAAAGUAAAUGACAUGCAGUUAUUGGCUUAUGUAAGACAGCCAUUUUAUGAACCUUCAUCCAUACGCGGAGGGGAAAACAGAACCCAGAUGACGGAAGAUGAAGCUGUGGAAACUGAAAGUGGAGUAUCCUUAAAUGAAAAAAUAUCAGGCAAAGAACAGAAAUUUCCGGUACUUCUGAAAAAUGAAGAUCGACAUAUUCCAGAAAAAUCAAUUACAUUGCCAAGUAAGGACAGUGGAAUAGGCUCUCAAUCAGUAUUAUCUUCUGCUAAGAAAAUAUCAGAAAACAUAGAUUUAGGAAACAGACCAGGAAACCAUGGAAAAAAUGUAACUGUGUCCAGGGAGCUGGAAAACAGCAGUGUAAGACCUCUGCAGACACUUCCUAAUCAAGAAAAACAGACAGAGAUAAAAGAGCCCCAAAAGCAGGUGGGAAAUGGGAAUUGCAGGCUGAUUGCAGAGCCAGGCAGGACUGCCAUAGAUGUCACUCAAAAGGAGAAAAGUAAUGAAAUUGCCCGAAGCAACCAAGAAAGUUGUACACAGUCAGAAGACUUGCAUAAAAACAAUUCCAUCAAUCUGUCUUCUGGUAAGCUGGAAGAGAACAAUGAAAGCGACUGGAUGAAUAAAGAAUUUCUUGUGAAAGUGAAUGGUCUGAGUGAACCUGAAGUGGCCUGUUGUAUUUCAGCCCCUUUCAGCAUCCUUGAAAAUCUAGGUAUUAAAGUUGUCAAUGAUCUCAGUUCAUUGGUGGUGGAUGAUUCAGAAGAAUUGGUCAGCAAUGUCAUCAGUGCUGAGUGCUGUUCGCAGAUUGGCCAACCAAUCGUUUCUCCAAUCACCGUUGCGAUUCCUUUUGCCUCGUGUUACAGAGGAAUGUACAAAGACAUCAUGGUGAAGGUGACUGACAUGAACUUCCAAUCACGCUAUUUAACUCCAGUCACUUUGGAAGGGCACCAGGGAAACCACAAGGGGACUUUGGCUGAAAUUAAAACGUGUCAGCUUGGUAUUUUUUCUGUGGUUUCAUGCUUAAAGACUGAGACAGUCACUAUUCCAAGGAAAGGACUUUCACGAAAACUAAGUAUGGAUUCCAGAAUUUCAUUUUGCUGCCCGCCAUCAACUUUCACUUCUCGAAUAGCAAUGUACCUAAAGGUGCAACCAAUUGAGCCAUCUGUAAUUUCCAUAUUAAAAACAAAAAAUGAUGUAUAUCAUUUAGUAACAUCUACAAGCCCUUUAGUGCAUCUUCAACAUCCUUCAUCCCAGCCAUUCAACAAAUCCAUCACAAUUGUUCUGCCUUGUCCUCCAAAUCAAGAAAAGAAGAGGGAAGGCAAUGAGAUAGACCAGGAGAGAGCGAUGAGUGCUUCUAUGCACAGGAUUACAGCUGUGCAUCGUUUUCGAGUGAUGAGUGCUUCUCCAAGAAAACUUGGGGAGAAUCUCAAUGAAUCCUUGAAAUUACUGGGGUACAGAAGCAAAGAAGAUGAAUGGUUUGUGUUGGAUGACAUCCCAGUGCAAAAUGCACGGAAUGGCCUUGUGUCAUUUGAAUUAAAUGAGCCCUUAGACAGCUUUAUUAUCAUUCGCCUGUCCUCUGCAAUGGACAACACACAUCUAGUUCAGUUUAUUCAAAAUCUGGAGGAAGCCAUCCACAACAUCAUAGUGAAAGUAGUACUGUAUCGGAAAAAAGAAGAUCCUUACAAGAUAGUUGUCUUACUGGUUCCAUCCAAGGAACUGAACUUGGAGCUGCAGGGUCUGCGUGAAGAGGGGUUCACCAGCCCUCCCGAUCCCUCUCAGCCAUUUCAGCUGAGAGAAGGAGAACAGGUUUAUUUUCGAUUUAGUGGAAAUAUUUAUGCUUCAGAUGACGGGAUGGCCUUUGGAAAAACCUACAAACUUACUUUUCAUGCACAGAGAAAGUCGAGGCUUGACCUCCAAAUCAAGGAAGUGGAUGAAUUUGGCAAUUACAGCUCACCCCAUUACAAAGGAACCACCUUAUUUUACAAAGUGAGCAAAGAAGCAAUUGCUAAGAACUUGGAACAACCUCUCUUACCUGAAGACUACCAGCAUCAGACCCUUCUCUGCAAAUUGGAUCUAACCUUGCCAAAGAAGGAAAAGCUUAUCACUCGCCCGCAAAGCACAAAAAGAAUAUCACCUGAUUCGUCAGAGGCGCUGUGGGACAACUUACUAUAUUGGCUAUCACAUGAGCUGUCAGAAGAUAACGCUUCUUGCCUCGCCCUCUCUCUGCCUCUCCACCGAAGCACUCUUCCGCUUAUUAAACUGAAGUGCCCUGAUGAUCUCACCGGGCAGAUCUAUGAGCUCCUCUGCUUCUGGAACAGGAAUCUUCCACGAUCAGCUAACAAGCUCCAGCUCCUCUCUCGCUACCUCUACAAGAGUGGCAGGAGUGAUCUCGUUGAAGAUCUACAGUUCAAGUGGGAGAACUAUGUGUCUGUGAGAAAAACUCAUUGA